AUGCAGAACUCAGACUGCUGUUUCCUGCGGUUGGAGAAGGGCUUCAUCUUGGACGGCGUGGCCGUGAGUACUGUGGCCCGCUCCUAUGAGCGCACGAGGCCCAAGCUCUGGUCUGCGAUUCCCCCGUACAAUGCGCAGCUCGACUCCCACGCCCGCCGCUACUUCCAGAGCCCGGUGGUUCCACCCGUUUUGCGGAAAACUGAACAGGAUCAUGGUGGCACAGGAAGGGAUGGCUGGAUAGUGGAUUAUUUCCACAUCUUUGGGCCGGGACAAAGAUAUCUCAACAGGAGAAACUGGGCAGGGGCAGGGCAUUCCUUCGAGCAGGUAUCCGGGCAUGAUCACUACAAUACAGAUCUGAAACUGUUCAAGGGAUUCAAUGGUUAUUUUGGUUACCGCCGGAACACCCCAGCCCUCCGCCAACGCACAUCCGUCUUUGGAGAGGUCACCCAAUUCCCUCUCUUCUAA